AUUGCUUAAAGGGGAGAGCAAGAGUGCCUCUGUGAACAUCACCGAAGAGGUCGCAUCGCUCUCAGCACUCAAUGCGAUCAUAGAGUACCUGGAACUGCUCAGUGACGAGUUUAACUUCAACCGGUUCGUAUUGGAAAACUACGACCUUUCGCAAUACAUGAAGUUGGAUACUGCGG